UGAGAUGGCUCCGGCUGCUAAAAAAAGAAAAAGGUCACCCAACUUCUCGAAUUACCUUGAAGACAACAGGGAAAAUUUAAAAUCGUGUGGGGUUCGGUUAAUUUCGCAUGUCAUGGAAGAGUAUAAAAAAGAGCAAAACAUGUUUAAAGCACACGUUAAUGAGAUACUUCACAGCAUAUUUUUUCUGGGGGUCAUUUAUUCAGACGGACUCACUCCUGACAAGUUUUUGUCUGCAGAGGUGGCUGAAAGUUUACGACAAGAAUUUCCAGAGCCAUUUGACAGAUUCAAUAGUCACCUGCCCAAGAGGACACCAUUCUCAAUAUUGUUAGACAUGAUGGUGCGUAAAUAUGAGACAGAGGACAACGUUAUGAAGGAACUGCGCGAUCUCUUGAAAAGGCUGAAAUUUCCGCAUCCUUAUAACAAGCCAGGAAACAAAACCCAACAUAUUUACACACUGGAAUCUACUGUUAUUUGUGUUUGUUUCAAUAGCGAGUGUCCGUCAAAAAAAUAUUUCGGUGCUUCUUUGGGUUGCAAAAGAGAUGCCAAAAAUAUUAUGAUAUUUUCCUCGUGUAUUAAUACAUGGCAUAUGUAUGUGUCAUUUGCCGUGAUGUCAUUUACACAAACCCAAGAGAAUGGUUUACAUUUUCCUGAGCAUGUGAAAUGUCAGGCACACCUCAGAAAUUGGCAAGACAACACCUAUAUGGAAAUACCACCAUGCAAAAAUUGUCAAAAUAUUUUCAACCUACCAGGGGAAGACACAAACAAGAAACAUUAUCCUUAUGGCAACUGUGCAGAAACAGAGUGCCUAAGCAAACUCUUGUUUCAAGAUAAUUCUAUUCGAGAGAACACCACAAUCACAAACUAUACACAGGACAAUAUGACACAACUAAAAGAGCAAACCGAGAAUGAUUUGAGAAACAAACUUUCUUCUAUACCGUCUAUCAGCAGCAUGACGAAUAGUAAUGAUCUUCCUGUAUUCAACCUUAACUGGUAGAAGAAGGGCUUGAAAUCUUGAUGUUAUAUGUAAGAAUAUUCAUAAAUCUCUGUUUUAUCUUUUUCUUUGGAAAACCCGCUGGUUAUUUGAACAAAGCUUGGUCUAAAGACCUUGAUUUAAAAAAAUCCCCAGAGAACCAUAUAACACUUUGGAAAUCCCAUACAAUAAAACGAGGUUCUUGUGAACGUGCUGUGCUGUCAAGAGACAUUGAUGAACCUUUUCUUUUGAUGAGAAUAAAUAAUCUGAAAAGAUGUAUAAUUUCAAAAUGACAGACAUUCAUAUGAUAUAUUGCAGAAUUUCAUUAUUUUGUCACUUUGUACCCGAAGUGUCUUUAUUUUACAAAAAGUUUCUUUAUUGUACUUUAUUGUGAGAUGAACUAAAAUCAUUGUGUAACCUAUACAGUUCAUUAUGGCUCCAGGUUUGGUACAUGAUUGAAACCUUGGCAAUAGGCCACGGUUGACUAAUUCUUUAGUUUUGAUUUGACUCGCAAAAUAUGUUUACAGCAAUGCCACACCUGGUUUUCUGUUUAAACAUGAAUGUGCCUUUACACGCCUAUGCUAUAUAAUACACAUUGUCUCAUGACAAUUAUAUAUGGGUAAGGACAGUAUACACUGUAAAAAAUGAUUCUGUGUC